AUGCUACUUUCAUUAGUGGAUUUUGUGGCAGAUUUGCGAGAUACAUUUUCUGACAUUGAAAAUCAAGCCAAACAACUAAGUAAUUUUGUGGAUCAAGAAUAUUCUGAUGCAAACAAACGAAAGGUCACAAGAAUGCUAACCGACAAAGAAUCACAAGCUAGUAGCUUAAGCCCGGCUGAUAAAUUCCGAGUAAACACAUUUUAUGUGAUUAUAGACAAAUUAGUUGUCGAGUUGCAGAAACGGAGUGAAGCAUACGAUCGCAUCAUUCAACUAUUUGGCUUUCUCACACAAUUAUUAUUUAUAGAGACAGAUGUAUUAGAAAAAAAGUAG